UAAUAAUAAUAAUAAUGAUAUAAAUAUUAUAGGACAUUAUUACACAAAUUGACUAAGUCCCACAGUAAGCUCAAUAAGGCUUGUGUUGAGGGUACUUAGACAACGAUAUAUAUAAUAUAUAAAUAUUUAUAAAUACUUAAAUACAUAGAAAAAACCCAUGACUCAGGAACAAAUAUCCAUGCUCAUCACACGAAUAAAUGCCCUUACCAGGAUUUGAACCCGGGACCAUCGGCUUCGUAGGCAGGGUCACUACCCACUAGGCCAAACUGGUCGUCAAAUACUUAUACCGUGCCGCUUGAGUUUAAACGAGACACAAGACGAGCCGCGAGCCGAGCCAUAAUAUUCCACGAAUGUGUAAAUGAGGAGUAACUAAAUAAUUUCCAAACCAUAGUGUUUAAUGAAUAAUGACAAAACAAAAGCUGUCACCACUCUGUCAUACUGCUUGAAUGUCGAUAAAACGUCUUAUAUAUCGAUCCUAAUUAUUGGCGAAACAAACAACGUCGGAAUACAUCUUUUUAUAUCUAGGAAACCUGAAUCUGACAUAUUAUACUCAUGAACGUCCACAAGCUUUGGGAGUUCCGGGAGUACAUGAAUGUUAACGGUAUGAUGUUCAGCAGCGAGUUGAUUUCCAUGCUGCAAAACUCCCUCACUAUGCUGCAGGCUGAGAACCACUUUACACACAUGCAGUACUGGGGACAGUUGUACGCCGUAGAUGGUGACUACCACAUCGCAGUUGGCAUAACCAAUGAUGCCGUGGCAGAUCGCAGAUAUUUUUACACGACCGACUUUAAGUACUGGGCCUUAUUGCCGAAAGCAAAACGACGUCACAAGUUACUGUCGCUGCUCGCUACUUUUCCAUUCCGUGGAGAUCCGACUCUUAAAGUUAAAAUUUUAGACGAAGCUCUAGAAGAAAACAAUCUAGAACGCUGUCAGGUUAUUACGGAAGAAAGCAGGAUGGCGGGAACUAUUGCUAACAUUUGCGACGAAGCGGAAAUAUGCGCGAGAGGGCAACUCAUCAAGCAACCGGAUGGAAAAGUCGUCAUCAAUCCAAACUUUUACGGACUAACUGGUUCCGAAGCGCAACAGUUAAAGUCGUAUCUUCAUAUACGUCCGCCGCAGCAGCAGUGGAAUUCCAACCUUCUCAGCAGGCAAGACUAUAACUAUAGUAUGGAUUUCCUUGACUCCAUCGACCAGGAUAUUCCUAAUGCCUGUUGGAAUUUGAGUGUAGAACAAACGGGAAGUGUUGCGUAUCUGAAAAGCUUGUACUGGCCUGGAAUGACAUAUUUCCAUAAGGUUCGAACGCCUGACGCCGGUUUUCUAUAUAUAGGCAACGGCCGUAAAAAUCUAGACGUACCAUUUUUAGUUUAAAUUGGUUUGCUUUUUUGUAAAUAAUAUUUCAAAUGGGUACAAGUAUGCAGUGACCGAACUCACUUAAUGGUAGAAAAGCCGACUGCAAAAUUUCCUAUCGACUUGAUACCGCGAUGAAAUGGGUAUAUUUAGGGGUACCGAUGUGACCAUGCUUACAUGAUCUCGUCUGUCAAGGUGUUUCGGCAGAAAAAGCCUUGGCAGCCUUAUAUAUUUCCGAAAUGAGGGUUCAUACCUACUGUCUGGAAUUGGUUUCAUGGUGGUAUCAGAUGGGUGUAUUUAGGCAUGGACUAAUUUAGGGGUCCUAAUAGUCACAUUUGACAUCGUCUGCCAAGCACUUCCGGCAAAAAAAAAAAUACUGACAGGUUUCGCUUUUCUGUGUCUACCAGUAAAUUUCUAACAACUACCAUAACUACUAUUUCGGUAUCAGAUGGGCUAAAUCAGCCCUCCUUUUUCGCACCGGAAGUUUCUUUUUUGUACUUUCGGCAAGUUACGCCGUGACAGAUUAUCGAAUGCGGACUUCAAUCCAUGGUGCAUUUCAUCGCGGUAUCAAGUCGUUACGAAUUUUUUUGACGCUGCGCUUUACAUACCUUACUUCAUUCAGUAACUGACACACGGUUGCGUCCUAUACGCUGACACUUCUAAUAGUUAGGGAGGCGAAUAGGGGAAUUUUCGGUAAUACUCGAGCGUGGCAGUUUAAGAUAUGAGAGAUACCUUAGACCUAAUAGAACAACCUUGUAAAGUAUUUAGCUCUAUAUGUAGUGACGCGCGCCUAGGAUAGACGAUCAGAUUAGUAAAAAAAAAUCGAUAGUCUGAAAUACUCGAGCGCGUCAGAUUAAGAUAUUGGGGGUUGAUUUUAGUGUUUUAAGACUAAAUUUAACUAAUCUGACGAUAAGUCCUUGACGCCGCCGAGUUAUAGGGUCGCGAACUUGUAAAAAAAAAACGUUAAUCCGGCAUUCUCGAGCGCGAUUUUUAUUUUUUUUAUUUUGAAGAAUAUAAUCUAAAACUUACUAAAAAUACAAAAUCUGCCGGUUUCCGCAUGACCGGAAGCGUGGAGGAGCCAUUUCAUCUUCCGAAAAACGCGUUGCGGCAUAUAAGUCGCGAACGAUACAUUUUACAAAAAAAAAGUUUAAAUAAACAAAAAAGGUAAUUUUAUUUUACACAAAAAAGGUCUCUUUACAUUUUUGUCCAAUGUUAGAACUUUUUGACUUGGAUCAUCAUAAAAACUCUAACUCCCGGUUUUUUGAGUAUAUCUCGAAAACUGAGGGUGUUAAAAAAAAUUGAUAUGAAAUAACGAUGAUUAAAUUAUGUGACUUUUAUUAUAUGUCAAAAAUUUUUUUUUUCUAAAGCUUCUCGACAAUUUUCGAAUACGAAUAAAUGAAUACGAAUACGAAUGAAUGACGAUAAGGACUACCACAUCAGCGGUCCUCAGCAAAUCCGAUUAGUAGACUUUGCGAAGGACUUGAAAAAUAUCAAGUUCAAAGAAGCUCUAGUCAAGUUUUUCAUUGAUCAUUGGAAUAGUCAAGAGAUGGCCGUUAUUAUUCGCAACAAAACAAUCUAUUUGAACCACAACUUGUGCUACGUCUUCAAAGUCGUCGAUGGAAUAGUGCAGAGAACAAUCGAUGAUAAGCUCUCAUGCUCAAGUCACGAAGAAGCCGACACGAAGACAGUUUUCCUUGCCUGUCAAUUGCCACAAGGUUCUACAACAAUCAUUCGAACAUCAGACACAGAUAUUCUGGUCAUUGUGUUGGCCAAUGUGGAGCAUUUGAACGAAUCGGUUAGAGCGUGGAUGGAUCUCGGAGUCGGUAAUGCACGUCGCUAUAUAGAUGUUUCGGCACUGUCAGUUCAGUUAUGCUCAAUGCUUUCACGCGCACUGCCUGCUUUCCACGCUUUAACAGGAUGCGAUUUUAAUCCAGCAUUGUAUAAACGAGGCAAAAAGAGACCUUUUGAUAUUUUGAGAAAAUCUGAGAUCUUUCAAAAAGCGCUCGCUGAUGUAGGGUCCGAUCGUUGUGAUAUCCAAACAAUAUUACAUCUACAUUUACGUUGGUUGCCUAUCGCUUUAUUGUCAUUCUUAAAAUCCCCGUUUUAUCAAGGAGAAAGAAAGGAAAAAAAGAAACCAAAAAACCUUUUUCGGUCAGAUUAAGAGAACCCACCAACAUUUUUGUCAGAUUAAGAAAAUAUGCUUUCAGGAUACCGAGAUAAACCUCCCCUAUGAAAAUCUGAUGCGCUCGAGUAUUUCAAAAACACUUUUUUUUUUGCAUUUUCAAAAAUUCAUCGUAACUUAUCGUCACGCCGAAAUCGUCAGUUUUUUUAAAGGGAGCUUCCUUGGGGCCUACUUAACACCCCUUUCGAAAAUCUGACGCGCUCGAGUAUUAUUUUUUUUUUUGCAUUUUUGACUACUUUAUAUUCCUACCCCCACCACGCAAACCGGCAGAUUAGUAUACCGUUGUUAUCAGAGGCACUUGGGGCAUACGUAGUAUGAAUAUUUGACGCGCUCGAGAAUGCCCAAGUAACUGUUUUUUUUAACAUUUUUGAAAAACCGUACACGCCAAACCCACCGCUAAAAUGGUUUUUACCAUACGAGCUUUUCUUUUCGAAAUUAUUUUAUCUUUCGAUUUUGAUAGGUCUCGACGGCGCCGUUGAAUUACGCCAUUUAGCUACCUCGCCUCCCUAACUAUAAGUAUUCCUGCGUUCCUGUCGUUAAUUACUGAAUUAAGUAAGGUCUGUGAAGUGUUUUACCCCAAUGUACCAUUUGGCGGUUUUUGAAAAACAGUUUUUUGGAAAAUCUUUAAUUUUAGGUGUUUGUUGUGGCUUAGCCCGAUUCUUUGAAUUAGUUACCAUAAUCAAUACAAAUUUGUUGUUUAGUGAUAAAUAGAGUUAAUGUUGACAGUAA